AUGUCGAAGGCAGAACGCCUACUCUCGUACUUGUUGCUGUCAUUAAUCACGUCGCGGCCGCUCGCAUCCGCAUCUCCAAACCCAGAGACCGAUGAAGACGAAGAUGAAGACAAGAGCAAGGCCAAGGGACACAUGAACGAGGACGGGGCGUGGUGCUGGCGGGAGAACUGCGAAGGUGCCCAACAUUCGUCGCUGACGAAGGCCCUACAGAAGACGUCUGAGACUCUGCAGAACGUGGCGGAUCUAUAUGACGAUCAUGCACGGCGAACGCAGCUCGCAACGCACGAAGCUCUUAAGGGUGUCGCGCAUCCCGAGGCGAUCUAUGCCCCAGUCAUCGAUACGCAUCGGUCGACGCUGUCCCGAUACCAUGAAGCCAUACGAGACGGCGAGGAGGACGAGGAGGUUGCCGCGCGCUGCGAGACCGUACUGAACACGACUAUGGCGGAGAUGGAGACAUAUCACACGCAAAAAGUCGAAGAUUUCCAGACUCUCGCCAAAGAGCAUCUCGACGGCGAGAUCGCGUUGUACGAGCAGAUCCUCACGCGCCUGCGGACAGCCCGCGCCGCGUUCGACGCGCCGCAGUACACCGCGCUGAGCCGCACGCCGCGGCAGCCGUCGAUGCAUGAGCGCGAGCUGGAGCACCCGCGGCUCGUGCCUGAGCCCCUGACGCAGCCGUGCCCGCAUGUGUUUGACUCGGCGCCGAUCCGCCCCGUGAGCGUCGCGAUACAGGAAGGCGUGGGCAUGCUCCUGGGCGGGGUCGCGCCCGCAGCGCGGGGAAGCGUGUUUGGGAAGCUGUGGCGUAACAAGCGAGCUCGUCUCUGGAACGUGGUGAUCAUGAACGAUGGUACAAAUUCUUUUCCAGCGUCGAAUAUGAUCCUGCUCAUCCCAGUCCUUGUUCUCCAUGGUCGUCAGUAUUCGGAAGUGUCAGGACGUCCGGGACCGUCGCCAUGCCAAUGGAGUAAUCCCAAGGCGGACCCUGCGCGGCGGCGCGUGCCAUCGAUCGCGACUGCUCGCUCUACAGCCCGCGCUGACACCGAUGUUGGGCGGGCGCAAGCUGGUGUCCCAGAUCUGUGGCUUCUGCCUGAAGAAGCCCUCAGGGGGCUGGGGGCGCGGCGCAGGUUGCACGAAACGCAGACUGGGGUAGAGCCGGCGGAGUGCAAGAAUGGAGAGGACUGCGCCGACGAAUAG